CCAUCUCUAUUUCACACUGCAGCCUGCAGAAUUUUGUAAGAACAUAUUGAAAACGCAAUAGAACUGCUAUUGCAAAUGCUGUACAGAUAGUGGAAAGCAGCUCUCCAUCGAAAUCCAAAGCAAUUAAACGUGUUCAGCGUGUAUUAUAAGCUAUAAAAGUGGGUGUAAACGUCGUGCAAAAACGUACACCCUCCCCUCUUUGUGUUUGUUUUUGAUAGUUUUUGUUUGUUACGAUAAUCGAAUGGGCGAAGGGGUGGUGGCAAGGGAGCAGCAGCAGCACAAGUGACUUUCCACAUUAAGCCUAUCGACACGGUACAUUGCGAAAAUGUCUCGCACAGUCCACACACUGACGGUGACGUUGAUUUUCUACGCUUUUGUGCAAACAGUGACAUGUUUCGAGGUGCUAAUAAAUGCACCCGACCAGGCGCUCAUUGGAUCCACGGUGAAUGUGACUGCCACGCUGUUCGACGGUGACAAACCCGCACCCGAGGGCACCUACAAGUUCAUUUGGAAGGACAAUGCGGGUCAUCGAAAGGAGAUUGAAACAACCAAAUCCACGAGCAACUGGACUCUGGAGUACACCAAAGAGCACAUGCGACCGGGCGAGCGUGCAGUGGAAGUAAAGGUGGAGAAAUCCUAUCUGUUUUGGAUAUUGGUGGCCGAAAAUAAAACGUAUAUUAAGCUGGAUGACACGCUGGGCGGCCGGCUGGAGCUUAUUCAGGCUAAUGCGUCGCGGCCGCAUGACUUUGUGUCCACCCAAGGGACAGUGAAUCACAGCAUAGCGCUGUGGCCAGCGGAUAUAGAGUUUCUGCGGCAGAAUGGCUAUCACAUUCAGACGUACUGGUUUCAAAAUUGCACAUAUUUAGGCAUGUCAAACGCACUGGACUAUCAGGCCACAUAUCAGCAGGCUGAGCAAUAUUAUGAUAUAGAGGUUCUGGUCGUUGCAUCGCUGGACUGGCCGCCCGAGCCCACGCCCUCCACGACCACCACAACAACCACGACGACGACGACAACAACAACAUCGACCACCAGUACAACGACAACCACGAGCACAACACCUGCCACAACGACCUCCACAACUUCUAGCACAACAACCCCAGCCACAACGACCACCAGCACAACGCCCAAGCCACCAACGCGCUCCAAGCGCGACCUCAUCCAGGCCAUGCACGCCAAUGCCGCCAUACUUGGACUCAACUUAACCAGCGCCCUGAAGCAGCAGCAGAAGGAGGAUGGGUCCUCGGCGAACACAUCUGUGGCUCUGGUGAAUCCUUUGGGUGUGCGGAGGGUCUCCCAUCUUAGUGUGUUGCCAGGCGUGGAGCCGCCCUACAACUGCGUGGACAGACAAAUCAUUGCGCAGGAUCCGAAAAAGAUCUAUGGCUACUUCCAGCAUCGCGUUGUGUCCAAGGAUCCGGUUGUUAGCUUUGGCACCACCGGCAAGAACUGGCUGCAGCACUGGGAGGUGCUUAGCCUGGAUGUCAGCUGCAAGGGUUCGCCGCCAUUCAGUGUCUGCGAGAAGGUUUACAAUGCGCCCUACAAUGCCACAGGCAAUGAGACAUGCAACUUCUACGAUGUGUAUGACAAGUGUGCGUUUAGCUACAAGCGUUACUUCUCCGAAAGCAAAACCAUACUCUUUUUCAUCCGUAACGAGGUGUCGCAGACGGUCAGUCAGAUAACCAUCAACAUGUACGAGGCCCAGAAACAGUCGCAGCUUUCCGUUGUGGUUGUUCCUGUCAUUUGCACCUUGAUGGCCGUUAUUCUCGUGGUCUUUGGCGUUGCGUACUACAUACAGAGGCGGAAUCGUUUUACCGUGGAAGUGGCCGACUUCAAUUUCGGGGACACACAGUCGGUGGAUAUGGAGUACAAGACGUUCUCGCAGCGCCUCAUUGACAGCGUACGCGAUGCUUGCUCAUGGCCGGGCACACGCCGCCACUCACAGUCCAGCACAGAUCUCAUGGCCGACGAGCCAAGCAAUUCGCAUGUUCGCAUGUAUUCAGGCGAAUGAAAGAGUAGCAGAGACCUUUCUUUAUGUUUUCAUCUAAUCCCUCCCCAUGUAAGCAUCCCUUUUCCCUCGUCCCUGUCCACAUUUACGCACACACACUCUCACACACACUUGCUCAUUAAUGGCCAAAUGUCGAGUAAUGGUUACAAUCGCAAUAUCGGGGUGUGCAGCCGAACAUCCUUCGGCUCUGUUGCACAAGAGACUGCCUUUGUUUCAGCAGGAAAACUG